AUGACAACAGAAAUUCUUCGUUCAAUGUUUUAUAAUCAUUCGGAAGUUAUCCGAGAACUUGAAUGGGUUAUUUUUGAUGAAGUUCAUUAUAUUAAUAAUAUUGAGAGAGGCCAUGUAUGGGAAGAAGUGUUAAUUAUGUUGCCUAAAUAUGUAAAAAUUGUUAUGUUGAGCGCCUCAUAA